GCGGCGCCCCCGCAGUCCUCGGCCGUCCGCGAGGCUGCACGGAGGCGGCCGCCGCGCUCCGUCCUCCGCCCGCCGCCGCGGAGGGGCCGCGGCCCCGGCUGCAGGAACUGCAAGAACUUUUGAAACCACACCUGACAAUGUGCAGUCUUAAAUGCUGCAGUCUCAGAGCCCUUUUUCUAUUGAUGCUGUGUAGGUCAAUGCGAAUUCCUGAAGCUGAAGCAAAAGGUGAAAUUCUACCUCCAACUAUACAAAAAAUAAUAAAAGGUUACAACAAGUAUCUACGUCCGUUUUUUGAUAAUGGUCCUGUCUCAGUUGGAAUGAGUCUGGAUAUUGCAAGCAUUGAUACAAUAUCAGAAAUAAAUAUGGACUACACAGCUACCAUAUUUCUAAGGCAGCGAUGGACUGAUGAGAGACUCUGUUUCGAUGGUAAUAAGAGUUUAAGCUUAGACGGUCGGCUUGUGGAAAUGCUUUGGGUACCGGAUACCUUCAUAGUUGAUUCAAAAAAGUCUUUUCUUCAUGAUAUCACUGUUGAGAAUCGUCUUAUAAGAAUAUACCCUAAUGGAACAGUCUUGUAUGCUCUACGGAUCACCACAACUGUUGCAUGCAGCAUGGAUCUGACUAAAUAUCCAAUGGAUAAACAGAUGUGUACUUUGCAACUGGAAAGCUGGGGUUAUAACGUCAAUGAUGUCAUGUUUUACUGGACUAGAGGAAAUGAUUCAGUUCGAGGUUUGGACACACUCCGACUCGCGCAAUACACAGUAGAAGACCACUUUACCUCAGUAUCCGAAGCGGUAUAUGAGACAGGACGUUACCCAAAACUAGUGUUUCACUUCGAACUCAAGAGAAACAUCUUGUAUUUCAUACUAGAGACAUAUGUACCAUCAAUCCUACUGGUUGUGCUCUCCUGGGUAUCAUUUUGGAUAAGCCAGUCAUCAGUUCCAGCCAGAAUCUGCAUAGGUGUUACCACAGUCCUUACUAUGACAACCCUGAUGAUGGGAGCCAGGACUUCACUCCCAAAUGCUAAUUGCUUUAUUAAGGCAAUUGAUGUGUACCUCGGUAUCUGCUUCAGUUUCAUCUUUGGAGCACUGUUAGAGUAUGCUGUGGCUCAUUUCUGCACUCUGCAUCGACUCAGUUCAAAGGAACUUCCAAAGGUGCAGCCGAAGCUCAGACUGGGAUUCACUUUCUGUUCUGCAUUAUUGUUACGGCAGUGCUUUUUGCUGCUCUAACGAGCUUCUCACCACUCUGAAAUACUUUGACAUAUACUUAAAAUAAAAAGGGAUCAAAUCAACAUAGACAUUUUUGAGUCUGGUGGUUGUCAUCUUGCUGAAAUAAUCAGGACAGAUUCAUGAAGAAGUUCUGUCACAUCUUCCAUCUCCAGUGUUUAGCACUGCUUUCAAAACCAGUGAAAAAGAAAUCACAAGGAAGUUGGAAGCUGAUUGUCUUGCAGCUUUUAAUUAUUGAACUGAAUCUGAUAUGCAUGAUAAAAAAGAAAAUUUUAAGCAGCUUAUGAAAUUUCUGGACAAACAGAAAAAAGUAAAACAUGGAAAUUGAGAAUAACAGAAAAAGGGGCAGGAAGAAGUUUGAUUGAGUGCUGUAGGGAUAAACGGCCAGAAGAAGGCAGAUUGUUAACUAUUUAAUCCAAACUAGAACAGAGCAUCACAAAUGCCUAAGCAAAGCUCCUCAGUAGGGUCAAGGAUAUUGAGUUCAAGUGGAGAAGCUUAAAACCAAUGAAGAUCAGCCAAGAUGUGGGUUUUUUAUGACUAGGUAGUUCAACAAUUAACAUGGGAUUUUGGCUGUUUGGAUGAGAGAUAGGUUCUGUAAAUGCACAGGAAUAUGUUCAAAGCUGUAUUAGAUCUAGGUGUGUGGAGAAGGACUGAAAAACGGACACAAAGCUGAGCCACCCAGUGGGUUUCAAAAGAAAACAUCUAAUGGGGGAAUGUCUGCAAAUGGGCAAACACUCGUUUUGAAUGAGGAUUUGAAUGGAAAGCCUGAAAGUAAUUUUUCUUGGCAAGGUAGCAUAAGUGACAAUUCCCUCUGAGCAUAUCUGUCUUGUGAAGUAAGUGGUUGUCAUUUUGCUCAAAGAGCAGAAAAAAAAAAAAAAAGCUUAUUGGAGCUUUGGGUAAGAAAGUAAAGUGUUUCAGUGCUUGGAUGAUUAAACGUCUUUGGAUCUGUGAAGGGCACUUAUGACUGCCCUUGCCUUCGCCUACUGGUGUCAGAUUCCCUUUCAUCUGGGGCACAUGUACUAGUGCUUGCAGAUGGGGCAGGCAUGGGAACACGUGCACUUGAAAGACAUGCAUGGAAGUAAGUGGAGGUACAGCCCUAAAAUGAGGAAGGAAGAAAGACUUAACGUGCAGUUUUGUGAUGGACUUAAUGACUGAAAGGGAUGGUCUGUCACUUCAGGCAUGUUCCCACCUUUUGCUGUGCAUCAGGAGCGAUCGAGCCUGUCCAACUUGCUUCUUACUCCCACAGUCACAAGCAUAUAAAGGAAGGGGCAGUUGUUUGGUCCUAGGUCAACUCAAGACUCUGUAGAAUAAGGAAAAUGCCUGUCAUGUCCUUUUCCUACUGUAGCCAAGGACAAGCACUGCUUACUGAGCAGGGUGCCAUGGAGAGCACACUUGACUUGUAUUUCUCACAGUAAAAAACAAAACAUCACAAGGACAGAAGUACCAGCUAAAAUCUCAUGUCACUGUCUAGCAGGUACUUAACAAUUUCUGUGUGAGUAUCGUCACCAUAAAUGUGUUGUCCUCAUUAUCCUAUUCUCUUGUGGACACAGGUUAAUUGGAAAUCUCACUUCCCAGUUUGUUAUUCCCAUAUGCAAGCUGAUACAAAAUUUGCACUCAGAAUUAUGUAAAUAAAUGUAGGAGGUGAAAUUAAAAUGUAACCCUCUGCCUUGUAUAGGAAUUAGUUGUACUGGUUUGCUUUCCGGUUUGCUCUUUAAAGUGGUUGGGCACUGGCAUAUCAGGUCCUUUUGAAGCUCUUGGGUUCUCCAGUUUAGAAUAUAAACUGGUAAAAGGGCUCAUUAUAUCCACACUUUUGCAGUGUCUCACCUUAUGUGAACCUGGACCCACAGAGACAGCUUCAAAGCUAAUGGCAAAAGCAGAGGAACCAUCUGCUGCCAGGAAGGUCAGGCAAAAUAAGCCAUUCACAUCAACUGCAUAAGUAGACUGCCUAAAUGGAGACGUUGCCUGUCCAAAAUCCUGAGUUUCUUCUCUUUUAUUCAAAGGUGUGAAUUGUGCUGUCUGAUAAAACAGGGAAUCCUUCCUUGGACUUCACCUGUCUUUCACCUAAACCUCUCCCUUUUGGUCAGAAAGGAGAAAAGGUUGAAAACUGGAAAUAAGGUUACGAGGGCAGUGUUCAGCCUACGUCGUGUUUCUGUGCAAGCGUCGUGCAGUCUUUCUGAACACUGCAUAAGGUCUAGGUGUGCAACACUAGGUUGAAAUAUUUUUAAUCUUGAGCAUCUUUAUUAUUCAGUGGAAGUGACAGCUUUCCUCAAUUCUGUUGGCUGUUAGAUGUCAGCAAACACUUCAAUAUAAACAGCAGCCACAGUAGCAGGUGCCAUAUACAGUGCUUUUCAGGUGAUGUACAGUUCCUUUCCUGGAUGCUGUGGAUUUUGUUUCCAAACAGAGCCCUUCUUGGUGCUACCUGCCAUUUUCCCAUUGGCAGCUGAAUCCAGAGAAAACUUAGUAUGACAUUUAAAAUUAGAGCCACAAUUGAACACUCGCAACACAAUAUUUUUUUUAAUAAUGUAAACCAGCCUAGUCUUUCAUUACAUUCAGUUCUCCAUAGUGAGUUGGAAAAGUCCCUUGAUAGUCCCAGUUUACAAGACUGCAGUUUUUUAUAAACUAGCAGUUGUGGUUCUUCUCUAGAUUACCUUUUCUCCUUUUCAAGCAGUGCGAUACAGCACUUUUGCUGUAAACUUGUCUCUGUUCUGCGAGAGCCCUGCCUUGUAACACUGCAAACAGAAUCAAGCACAUACACACCAUGUACGGUAUUUUCUGCUUAAGUAAUAACUGCCUCUUGGGGAAUAGAAAGGAGUUAAGAACAGCCUAGUAAAGCAUCAGCCUCCUGUGAAUUGUUCACAUGUGGUUGUGUGAAAAGAAAAAUGGCACGUACGCAGUGUCCUUUCGUGCUCUGCAAUAAAACUGAUUCUUUCUGGACAACUUCUAGCCAGCCCUACCUGAAAGACAAAUGCCCCAAAUCCUGCCAUUUUUGAAGUAUAGAUGUUGUUUUGCUCUUUUUUCCCUUUCUAAAAAAUGGGAGCAGAGGAAAAAACAGUCAGGACUCUUCUGACAGGUUUCUUUAUUUUAUUAACUUUUGAAGCACCGAAUGCAUUCACUAGGCUGUCGCUCUGAUGCCUUGUUUCAAGUGCCAGGCGCAGCUGACAAAGGCUCCGCUGCCGACAAAGGCUCUGCUGCUGUCCCCAGCGCUUCCCUCAGCCGCCUGAACUUUUUGAAGCAGAAGAGCUAGGUAUUUAUAACAGAGUUAGGCCCCAAGUAAAACUCCAGGUUUGAGAUUUAGUACUACCCUGGGGAUUGCUUAAGGUUCCGACUGGAAUUUUAUGGAUUGAUCCUCUUAAUGCUUUAUAGGCAGAUUUCUAUCCUGGCCUUUGGUUUCAAAAUUCUCACGUAGCUGUGGGAGGCUAGGUGGAGGGUGAGCGAGGUUUUGUAGUCCGUGUAUUUUUAGGAUGACACAUUGUGUUGACCUACGUUUAUCUCUCUCAAACAAAAUAUACUGGAUUUUUUUGGCAAAUUGAAAGUGAAAAGCAGUAAUAAUCCCUUUUUCUAGCUCCAUCUGUUCUGGCUCACUGAUUCAUAGCAGUCUGAGGACAUUGUCCAGACUCCACUUUUAAUUUUCAAGGACAUUACUAAUUUUAGAUGAAGAAAGGCUCAAGAACUGUGCUGUCCAUAAGUACCCUGGGCAGAAGAGCAAUUCUGCACUGGCAUGGAGAUCACUCAGGUGGCUUAAUGAGCUUUCUUUGACUUUAAUAGCCGGGAUAUUUCUAAACGAGCUUUUUGUGUGGCUCCACGCAGGGCUGUAUGUCUCAACUUCUCUAAAGUUUCUCCUUGUCUAGUCUAUUUCUUCUCAUGGUGCAAAUGGAAAAAGUAAAUUGGUCAGAGGAAAGAGAUUCUGUAUUCUACAUUUCACAAAUAAAUUUUUAGCCUUUUCUUGCUUGUAUGCCACUCACUGAUUUGGAAGGUAAUGAAAUCAUCAGGAGAAAAUUAAAAUUAUGUGUAUACCUGCCUGAAUUAAAAUGACACCCUUCCUCCAACUAUACAAAUUUAGGUUCAGUUUACAUACAAACUUGGAGCCAGCUUGGAUCUGCUCGUAUCUCUGCAACAUCCCAAACCAAACUAAAUACCCCAGAACUUUCAAGAAAGUUUGUGUUUAGAGCUGAAGCUGCAGCUGAUCUCUAAUCCUGUGUCCUCUGAGUGAGUAACAGAAAACCCGCUGACUUCAAAGAGUGAAGAUUUCAUACAUGAACUUCAUGGCUCCGAGCCACUUCUAAUCAAAGAAACAAAACCCACCAGAAGGCUUAUACAACAUUCUCCAAAGAGCUGUCUUGAUGCAGUGAAGCACAUAAAAAUGUGCUUAACCUUAGCAUAACUUUGAACUUAAAGCAUGAGUUUCAGGACUUGAAACAAAGUAGUAUGAGCUAUUUAGUAUUGAUUUAGUUGUGGGGCUUGUACCUCCUUGUGAUCCUCUUUUUUUGUGCUUUUUGUUGGGUUUGGGGGUUUGUUUUGGGUUUUUUUUUUAAGUAAUUUGAUUUUCGUCGCAAAGCACCAGGAAUAGGGUAGCCAACUGCACAUAAGGGAAGUGUCUUGUAUUCUGGGGUGCUUGAUUUGGGGUGCAACCAGCUUGACUAGCUGGUCUGGCAGCUCCCCCACCUUCUUCAUUUCCAGACUGGGGCUUUGCUUUACCCGCUUUCUAGACACUGACCUUUGCCAGUAUUUUCCCUGAGCAGAAGACAGUUUAUCGUUGUGCAUUUCAUGGAUUUGCUGCUGUCUUAAGUAAAGCUUAGUGGGCCAUAUUUGAACAAAUCCAGCUUUGCUCGACAGUUGUACGAAAGUUUUUGCAGUAAGAUGUUGUUUAAGUCAGUGUUUUUCCUGUAAAUGGAGGCUUUGAAAGCUGAAAGGAGCUCUCUGGUGCAUGUAGGUGCUCACCCUUGUAAUCAAGAAGCAAGCUACAGGAAGAGUCGUAAGAAAAAUCCUAUUAUUUGCUGCAGCUUGAAAGUAAACAGGCGAUGAAACAUGCAUUUAAGUACCUGCUG